AUGUCCCUCCCUCCCCCUCCCUCUCCUGCCAUUUCUAAUGGCAACUCCCUCCCUCCCUCCCUCCCUCCAGAAAGUGUGGGUGAGUCUUCUGUGCUGAUACCCUCAGAUUGUUGUGUCAGACUCUCGAUUUCCACAUCCCCUCCCACCCUGAACCCCCUCCAUCCACAUCAUGCCAACUUCCAACUUCUCCUGACCAAUCCAGACUCUGACAGCCUCACACAGCAGAGCCUGUCCGACGGAGAAGAGCAGCUCGACCGCCUGCAGCAGGCCGAGCUCACGCGAACCACAUGCAUGUCACUGUGGAGAGCGGCGGCGGUCCAGGCCUGGAUGGAGGUUGUCAUGGGAAUGCCCAUGUACAUGAGAGCUUGCUCUGAAAAUGUCAAAAGUGGCAAGGUGCUGCUAGGAUUGACAGAUGAUGAUUUAGAGUUGGGUCUGGGCAUCAACAACCCAAUUCAUCGCAGGAAGCUAAGACUGGCCAUAGAGGAUUACAGAAGAGCGGAAGGGGAUCAAGGGCUUUCAAAAGUCUCGGACAUG